AUGUCUAACGGUGGUGCUAGUAUUCAAAGUGCUGUAUCGGCAAGUGUCAAUAAUGAACAGUUGAUAUUACCAAAAAAAUUAUUUAAUUGUAAAGAAAUAAAAAGCCGUAUCCAUGAAAUAUUACAUGCGAGUUUACACGAUAAAGAAUAUAACUCGGACGAAUGUGUAUGUUUAGCUAAGAACAUUUCGGGACUUGUUAAAGACUUAUUGAAAUCGAUGGGUUAUGAUCGAUAUAAGUUUGUUGUACAAGUUGUUAUUGGCGAAGAACGUUCUGAUAGUUUACAGAUGGCUUGUCGGUCCUAUUGGGAUCCACACAGUGAUAGCUUCGCACAAUCGAUUUAUAUUAAUCAAUUUUUUCUUUGCGUAUGUACAGCGUUCGCUGUUUAUUACUAUUAA